AUGGCACCACCCGAUAUGAAUGCUAUUCAAGUAGCCCACCGCGAGAAGAAGACCUGGUCCGACGUUUGGGCGUUGUCUAUGGUGAGCCUGUUGCGAUUUGGUAUGGACACCGCCACAGGCUAUAGUCAUCCUACCGAAGAGGCCAAGAAGAUGGGCAGUUGGCUCGGGCUCAGCAAAGUCAAGAGCUGGUUUGGUCCAUCACCAAUGACCGAGCGGAAAUGGCUCAUCAGGUUCCUCUUCCUCGAAAGCGUCGCUGGAGUCCCCGGCAUGGUUGCUGGCUCGGUACGGCAUCUGCACAGCCUACGGCGGUUGAAAAGAGACAACGGAUGGAUUGAAACCCUCCUAGAAGAAGCCUACAACGAACGCAUGCACCUUUUAACGUUCAUGAAGAUGGCCGAGCCAGGCCGAUUCAUGAAGACAAUGAUCAUCGGUGCGCAAGGCGUCUUCUAUAACAUGUUCUUCAUGAGCUACUUGUUCUUCCCUCGGGCAUGCCACCGGUUCGUCGGGUACCUGGAGGAGGAAGCGGUCCUGACAUACACCCGUGCAAUUCAUGAUAUUGAGGCCGGAAGGCUUCCCAAAUGGCAGAAGCUUGAGGCACCAGAGAUCGCUGUCAAAUACUGGAACAUGCCGGAGGGUCAUCGAACGAUGCGAGAUCUGCUGUUGUACAUUCGGGCCGACGAGGCCAAGCAUAGGGAGGUCAACCAUACCCUGGGCAACCUCGAGCAAAAGAAUGACCCGAAUCCUUUCGUCAGCGAGUACGAGGACCCGGUCCGACCACAUCCAUCUAAGGGAAUCGAGAAUAUCAAACCAACAGGUUGGAACAGAGAAGAGGUGAUCUGA